GCUGCCCGCGGCUGCAGCGCGACGGCGUCUACCGCUGGUUCUCGGAGCUGCCCUCGCCGCAGCGCGUCGAGUUCCUGUGCGGCCUCCUGGACCUGUGCAUCCCGCUGGAGCUGCGCUUCCUGGGCGCCUGCCUCGAGGACCUGGCGCGCAAGGACUACCACUCGCUGCGCGACUCGGAGAUCAAGGCCAACAACCCGGCCGACCUGGGCAGCCUCACGAACCUCACGGACGAGGUGGUGCGCAGCAAGCUGCUCGUGUCGCUGGCGCUGCUCGGCUCGGCGCACCGCGAGGCCGCCGGCGUGCUCUUCCGCACGCUCACGCACAUCGACUCCGUCAUCAACAACUACGGGCUGCAGCUCAACGAGGGCCGCACGGGCGAUGAGUUCCUGCUGCUCUUCACCAUGGCCUCCAACCACCCGGCCUUCAGCUUCCACCAGAAGCAGGUGCUGAGGCAGGAGCUCACGCAGAUCCAGAGCAUCAUGGCCAGCAGCGGCGGCAAGAGCCCCGGCAGCGCCGCCCUCAGCGCCGUGGCCACCUACCCCGGGUGCCACAAGGUCACUCCAAGGUCUGAGACCCCCAUAAACAGCGUCAGUAACAGUUUGGAAAAUGUACUACACACGUCAACACAUUCCAUUGAGGAGUCAUUGCCCAAGAGGCCUUCAGGGAAGCACUCCAAAGUGAGUGUUGAAAAAGUGGAGCUAAAGGGACUGGCGCACAAGAAGAAUGAGAGAAAUGUUGAAUAUUCCUUUGAGGUCCUGUGGUCUGAUUCCUCAGUGACGCUGGUAACCAAAUCUUCCAUUGAAGUGACUGAAUUUAUUUCAAAGCUGUCUCAGCUGUAUCCAGAGGAAAACUUGGAGAAAUUCAUUCCUUGCCUAGCUGGUCCAGAUUCAUUUUACCUGGAACGGAACCACAUAGACCUGGAGCCUGACCUUAGGUAUUUGGCACCGUUACCUUCCCACGUGGUGAAAAACGACCAUGUCAGAAAGUUCUUCAGCACCUCAUCACCUUCACAGCAACUACAGAGUUCAAAUCCUGGCAACCCCUCCAUUUAUAAAGUAGGAACUACACUGGGAACAUCUGGAAGACCUAUAUGUGGAGUGGCCGGCAUUCAGUCUUCGCAGAGCCACGUGCAGCACCCGGCGGCCGCUCCGGUCGCGCUCCCGCACUGCUCCCAUUCCGGAGGCAGCAGCUCCGCGCUGGCCUAUCGUGCCCAGAUGGAUUCCUCCUCGCCCAUGCUGAUGUCUUCCAGCCCGCAGACCCCCCAGACCCAGGAGCAAAACGGCAUCUUAGACUGGCUCAGGAAGCUGCGGUUGCACAAAUACUAUCCCGUCUUCAAGCAGCUCACGAUGGAGAAGUUUCUGAGUCUCACCGAGGAAGAUCUGAACAAGUUUGAAUCCCUCACCAUGGGAGCCAAGAAGAAACUCAAGACCCAGCUGGAGUUGGAGAAAGAAAAAUCAGAGAAGCGGUGCCUAAACCCCACGCCAGCCGCUUCGGUUACCAGCAGCGGAGUGGCCAGGGUUCCCCCUACGACUCACAUGGGGCCUAUGCAGAGCAUUCGUGGCAACCAUGCUGCAGAGCUGCGGGUGGAUGUGGACCAGCCAGCCCACCCGCUGCCCCGGGAAGGCAGCUCUUCCGAGUACUCCAGCUCCUCCUCCAGCCCCAUGGGGAUCCAGAYGAGGGAAGAGAGCUCGGACAGCGCCGAGGAGAAUGAGAGACGUUUAGAGAUUCACUUAGACGGUUCAGAGAAGGAGAAGCCGGUGAUGUUACUGAAUCACUUCACCUCGAGCUCGGCCAGACCCACAGCUCAGGUUUUGCCAGUGCAGAACGACACGGGCUCCAAUCCGUCCGGCCACCACGCGCUGCCAAUGCAGAUGAUGUCAGCAGCCUCUACUCAUAUCACCCCCAUCCGAAUGCUAAAUUCGGUGCAUAAAUCAGAGCGUGGCAAUGCAGACAUGAAGCUACUUUCAUCGUCUAUGCAUUCGCUGCUGUCUUUAGAAGAAAGAAAUAAGGUUUCUCCGGGGCCUAGAGGCAGCAUAAAAAUGGAAAAGAGCUUUGGAAACGCCGUGGUGGAUGUAAUGGCUGCGUCUUCUCCCCACCAGCCCUUGCAAGUGCUCUCAGGGGCUGCUGAGAACAGUUCGCCUACAUCUACUAUUAACUUUGGGCCUCGAACCAAAGUCGUGCACGCUUCGACUCUGGACAGGGUGAUAAAAACAGCUCAGCAGCCGGGGCUGAUAGUGGAAACGAGCACUGCUGCCACUGUGACGUCCAGCACGGUCUUCCACGUGGCUCGCCCGCCCAUCAAGCUCCUGGUGUCGUCUUCGGUUCCUAGCGAUUCCGCCAUGGCCGGGCAGACUUCCUGCUCCAGUAAUAUGCAAAUAACGGUGUCCCCCGCAAUAAUAAACCCCCGGACUGCUCUCUAUACAGCCAACACCAAAGUUGCCUUUUCCGCGAUGAGCAGCGUGCCGGUGGCGCCGAUGCAAGGCAGCUUCUGUGCGAACAGCAACGCGGCCUCCUCCAGCAGCCACCCGUCCACGUCCUUCGCGACRCUGGCCAACCUGCCGAGCUGCCCCGCGCCCAGCUCCAGCCCCACGUUGUCGUCCGAGAACAACUUCUACAGCAGCAGCAACAGCGGCAGCAGCGGCGGCGGCGGCGGCGGCUCGGCGGGGAGCAUCCCAGUCCCRAACCAGAACCACCACCACCACCACCAGCAGCAGCCGCAGCCGCCCGGCUGCAUGGUGUGCAGCUCCUGCGGCUGCAGCGGCAACUGCGGCUCGAGCGGCAUGACCGUCAGCUACGCCAACUAUUUCCAGCACCCGUUUUCAGGGCCGUCGAUGUUUACCUUCCCCUUCCUGCCCUUCAACCCCCUGUGCAGCAACGGCUACAUCAACACGCAGCAGUACAACAGCAGCACCACCUUCCCCGUGGUGCACACCGCCUACAACAGCGGCCUGGCGCCCGACUCCGUCAUGAGCGGCCAGUCCACGUUCGCCGUGCCGCCCAUGCAGAACUUCAUGGCGGGCACGGCGGGGGUCUACCAGGCYCCGGGGAUGAUGGGCAGCAGCAAUGGCUCAAGUCACAAAAAGAACGGGAAUCUCUCCUGUUACAACUGCGGGGCCAGCGGGCACAGAGCUCAGGACUGCAAGCAGCCGCCGAUGGAUUUCAAUCGACAAGGUACUUUCAGGCUGAAAUACGCUCCUCCAUCCGAGAGCCUCGACUCCACAGACUGAUAUUUUAUCUGGCAAGAAAAUACUGUUAAGCCAUGGAGACAUAAGGCGAUUGAACUACAAAACUGAGACGUCCAGUUGCUGUUAAGCUUAAUGUAUUUUUUAAUCCAAAGGUGCUUUACUUUAUUAGACUAGGUAGGAAAUCUAGCUUAGGGGUGCAUCAAACCCAUUGUUGAUUGCCAAAUUCAAGCCUGGAUCUUGUUGUUGGGACUUGGCACUCGGCGGCGUAGGACUGACGGGAUGGUGGAGCCGGCCAGCUGCGUUUUCUGUUGCAAGUAGCACAUCCUACGUAUUAUUUUGCUGGAGAAUGUUGCCAUAUUCGGACUUUUCGAAGCUGAAGCGUCUCACUCCAGGGCAGCUACAUUCUGAGGUGAAAGCUGGAGGUUGAAGGUAGGAGCAGCCAUUCGCCAGAAGGACUUUGGCACCCCUGGGCUAGGUAAAAUGUCUACUUUUUUUCAAAAGUGAUCAGGCACUAAUCUCUGGGAUUUUUAAGGAUUGCACUACAGAAGAAUGUAAAACUUUGAGCUUUCUGCACUUUUAGCAGACAGUGUCACUCUGAGACCAGUGCAAGAGGCAAAGAAGUUCCAACUUUUAAAAAAGAAAUUGGCACCAGCAGGCUAUGUGACUUACUACACAAUAAAACCUGAAAUAAGUCUCUCCCUUCCAAAAGAACACACACAGCAGUUUUGGUUCCUCCUGGAAACAAACUCAUGCUUCAUUGUCUCACUUAUURCUAGCUAGUGCUGGGUUUCCAGCAGUGGAAUAAACUUAGUUUCCAAGGGUCCAAGUCCCAGAGACUCCAGAGUCAUAAAGGCUUCAAGGAUAUUUUCCUGUAAUACACAAACAACCUUUAUGUCCUGUUACUGUAUAUAGGUCUCUUUCACAGAAACCUUAUUAUUCUGCUUUUGUAAAUGAAUUUUAAACUAUCCUAAAAAAAAAGGAAAAAAAAGGAAAAAAAAAAAAAGAACUCUGGCAGCAGAGUUUGUAAGCUUUUGCUUUACUUUAUACUUAAAAAAAUAAAAUUAAAAAAAAAAUCUUUGACUCCUACCCCAAGGCUUUUGCUACAGGAUUCAAGAGUGGUAGAAGUCAACCAUGUACAAGGUAGUAAACUUCAUUAUUAUCAAGACUUUGAGGGAUUUCUUGUCAGCCUCCUGCGUUGCAAUAGAUUGUAGAUGACUAGCUUUGGUGUUAACUACUUAGCAUACUCAAUUUGUGGAUGACAAAUCUAAAUUAGGGCUUGAGAGGAAGCCAAGCAAAUCUCGGACUGCUGAGGCGGAACGGUUUGGUCCUGUCUUGUCAAAAGAAGAUAUUAAUCCUCAUGGCUCACCCAAGGAGUCUGACACCAGGAGACGGGUGAGGCCUCCUCUUUAAAASAUGUCUGGCAUAGAGAUAUUUGCAUACUGUAAUUGGGAAGAUGCUUUUAAAGUCUAAAGCCUCGUUUACACCUGGAGAAUUAUCCCUUUGAACCACACCAGGAUGGGGCAGUUCGUAGCGCUGCUUGGACCCGAGCACGAGGGAAGUCCCAUCAGCAACAGAGGUUUCCCAGGCUCCAGGGGAUUCGGGCCUUAGCAGGGAGAUGUCAGCCAAGUCCUUAGUGUGGCAGCCACCACUUUCCUGGAGCGGGAUAACGGGAAAGAGACAUCCCGGGCCGGGCUGCGUUGGGAAAGAGGGCGGCUGGCAGCUCCCGCAGCCGGGACAGGGCAGCGGGAGCGUCGCCCGCGCCGCAGAAACCCGGCAGCUCCAGGGAGGUCGUAGAGCUUGAGGCUUCGUGGCAAACCAAAGCCUAAAUUCAUGUAAAAUUUGCGUUAGAAAAAGGAGAAAGAAAAAAAAAAAAGUAAUUUCUAUGCAAUGGAGAAAAAAAGAGAGAGAAAUGUGGUUUGUGUUGACGCUCCGCGGUGUUGCGGACCCUGCCGCGCCGCUUACGUUGGCCAGUGUUUCGAGGAGGUUCCCUGUGUUGUACCCACCACCCUGUAACACUAGAGUGAUGAAAACUGACAAUGCAAUUAACUUUGCCUUAAUGAGCUCGAGACAAUAGUAGGAACAAUCUGUCAUACCGUGUCACGGUGGAGGAAGAGCGUGGUUUUCACUGACGAUGUUUACUCUUCACAGCUCCGAGGGUCUCUCCAGUGGCCUGGAACAUGUGCUGAAAGCCAAACUUUAACGUUUUUUUCACUUUUUUUAAAAACAAUAUUUUAAAACGGAAUUGUAUUUAAAGAAACUGUGCUUCAACACACGCGCUAGCGUUAAAAACCCUUUCUCAAAAUAGCAAAAAUCAAGAGCAAAAAAAAAAGAAAAAAAACCAUUUUUUUACACUAGUUGCAUUUUGUUUUAAUGCCCAAGGCUGGGAAUGUAGUCUCGUCAAGCAUUCAUCACAAAGUCAAACCUGUUACGAAAGGACUAUGAAACCGAACUUUUAUCCAGCAAAACUUCUCGGAAAAACACAAACUGUUUCAUUCCUGUCUUCAGAGCUUUCUUUGGGAUUGUUUCCUUUGUGUGAAGUUAAGGCUGAUGUUUCUUCAAGUGGCUUAUGUGUACUUAUAGGUAACAUUUUUUUAAGUGGUGAAGUCUGAUUUUAGGCUAGGUUCAAAUUCAAUAGUCUCGAGUACCUUAAAGCAGCAGCGUGAGUUUAAUAGAGAACCGCUAGAGCUGGCGCCGAUUCCGGAGCCUUCCCUGAACCAGAGGCAGUUGUGGCUUCAGAUCUGCUCGUGAACGCAGUUCACGGUGUACCAAGAGCAACCAAAGUUGGUAAGUCUAAGCAGAGCACUUUAGUUCCAUAGAAUAAAUCCCUAAUCCUUUAAUCCAGUUUUUCUCCCCCCUCAAAAGGAAGGCAGCUUGCUGCGGUAGGGCAGCCCCAGCUUUGGCAGCCAAAAAUCAGUUCUUUAAACCUAUUUUUAUAUACGGAAAGAUGGAGGUUUCCAAGCGUGCUGUUUAUUGCUAUCUCUGUCCUGAAUGUAUAAAAAGGAUUUGUUCUCAGAGGGGAUUUUGCUGUGGAAUAAGAGCGAUUUUUAAAAUCCAAGGGAAUCCCAAGUCGUCGUGCAGGGACGCGGCAGGGAUGAGUCUUCCUUAAGCAAAGCGAGGUGCAGGGCAGCUCCGGAGGUGUUUUCCACUUGGGAAUGUUGCUGGAGCURCCACAAACAGAACAGGUUUUCCAGCAGCAACCUCCUCAGCACAGUUGUAGUCCGUAAAUUCCACCUUAAUCAUACGGUGUGGCUGCCACCAAACACGAGGAGGUUGAGCAAGGAGGACUCGUUUUUAGCAAGCCAGGUGUUGAUUCCAGCUUUCCAGAGUCAUUUUCCUUAGAAGAACACAGGAAGCUUGGCUGGUAGUGGA